UAAAUUUCCAUAGCCUUUAAAAUUAAUUUGAGUAGCUAGCGUUGCCCAAAAACCCCUUAAAAACAACAAAAGGUAAACAUUGAAGAAAAGAGAUUUAAAAACGCAAUUAAUGCAUGCGGUGUGGCUAACCAAAUGUUGCACCUUUUUUUUUUCUCUUUUUUUUUGAAGCCAAAUGUUGUACUUUUUCAGUCAACUUGAGUUUUUAUUCUCUAUAAAUUCUCUUCCUAACUAUAUCCCUCGUUAGUUUCUUUCUCACACAUCACACAACAAUCUCUCUUUCUCUCUUUUCACUUUCUCUCUCUAAAAUUCACUUCAAUUCUAAGAAUUUUGAAAAACACAACAACAACUCAACAACCAUGUUGUUCCCAGCGGUUGUUUCUAGAGUUAUAGAAUGGCUUGUUUAUCAACUCUUUGUCAACUCUUGUUUUCCCGUUGCUAGAAAAAUCAGAAACUAUAGUUUCCAUCUUUUGAAAAACCCUUCUUUUAAAUCAACAACCCACCAACACCAACAACAACCAUCUUCAACGUCGUACCAAAGUUUAUCAAAACACUUGAAUAAAAUAAUGGACCGACAUUUUAAUACUAUGGUUUGUGAUUUUAAUGGAACAUUAUUAAGAUCACAAUCUUUCUUCCCAUUUUUCAUGUUGGUUGCUUUUGAAGGUGGUAGUUUAAUAAGAUCAUUUCUUUUGCUCUUAUCAUACCCCUUUAUUUAUUUUUUAGACUAUGAUUUUCAACUUAGGGUUAUGAUUUUUAUAACAUUUUGUGGGCUUAAGGUAAAAAAUAUGGCUUGUGUUGAAAGGACCGUUUUACCCAAGUUUUACCUUGAGGAGGUAAAUUAUCAUGUUUAUCAAGCUUUAACUAGGGCAAAUUAUAAGGCUGUUUUUACACGUGUCCCAAGGGUAAUGGUUGAAGGGUUUCUUAAGGAGUAUUUGAAGGUUGAUCAAGUUUUUGGGACUGAGUUGAACGUAAUUGGAAAUUACUAUUCUGGCCUUUUAUCUCAUGAAGGUUUGCUUGUUAAGUAUAGGUCAAUUAAGGAAUAUUUUUCAGAUGCAAGACCUGAUUUUUGCAUUGGAAAUUCAACCUUUGUUGAUCACUUCUUCAUGCAAUUUUGCAAGGAAGCAUAUGUUGUGGACCUACAAGAAGAUGACAAAAUAUGCAAAAAUGAGGAAGUAACAUCAUCAAAAAUAAUGCCAAGGGACAAAUAUCCUAAGCCCUUAAUAUUUCAUGAUGGAAGAUUAGCUUUUCUUCCUACACCAUCAGCUACUUUGUGCAUGUUCAUGUGGCUUCCCUUAGGGAUUCUUCUUGCCAUUUUUAGGGUUGUUGUGGGUGUUUACUUGCCUUUUAAGUUGUCCAAUCUAUUAGGGCAACUAAGUGGCAUACGCCUACGAAUCAAGGGGACAUCCCUUAAUUUAAACCCUAGUAACGGCCACAAAGGUGUCCUAUACGUGUGCACGCAUAGGACACUUUUGGACCCAGUCAUCCUUGGCGUGUGUCUUAAAAAACCCUUGACUGCUGUCACGUAUAGUCUGAGUAAAACAUCAGAAAUAAUCGCACCAAUUAAAACUGUCCGAUUAACACGUGAUCGGAAAAUUGACGGCGAAACAAUGGAAAGGCUCUUAAGUGAAGGUGACCUAGUGGUGUGCCCUGAGGGGACCACGUGUAGGGAACCCUACUUGUUACGAUUUAGCUCAUUGUUUGCGGAAUUAGCGGAUGAUAUUGUACCGGUCGCCUUAGAGACAAAGGUGACCAUGUUCUAUGGGACGACCGCCAGUGGGCUAAAAUGUUUGGACCCAAUAUUCUUUUUAAUGAACCCAAGUCCUAUUUACUACCUAGAUGUGCUAGGGAAGGUGCCAAAAGAAAUGACUUGUGCUGGUGGUAAAUCAUGUUUCGAAGUGGCUAACAAUUUGCAAAGACAAUUGGCUAAUGCCUUGGAUUUCGAGUGUACAUCUCUUACUAGGAAGGACAAGUACUUAAUGUUAGCUGGAAAUGAAGGAAAGGUCGGUCCAUGACCAUAUAGUAUAUUUUUAUUUUUAUUUUUAUUAUUAUCUUUAUUUUGAAUGUUUAUCCUAAUUUGGAUGAAUUUUAGGACAUAGAAUAUUAGAAAUAUUAGUUAUAUAUAUAUAUAAAUAGGAGUUUUUUUUUUUUUUUUGGAUCAUGUAUCCCAACCUUUUUUUUUUGGCUAUAUUCCGAUGUAACACAGACGAAAAUGCACUAAUAUUAUUGUAGUAGGUGGGAUUUUAUUAUUUGGUUGUGUACUAUUCUUUUAUGUAAUAUAUUUCAUAAUGGAGUAUAUAUUUUGUUAUCCAUUAAUUAUUCUGAUACAACUACAUUAUUUUAUGUCAAGCAAUUGAUUUAUAACUAUAAAUAGACAGACAGUUUUAUCAUAAAGUUCUCAUUCUUCUCAAUGUAAUGCUAUUUCCGUUCUCAUUUCUCAGUCAUCUCAUUUUUAUUUUUUGGUUAAA